AUGGGCUUGGCAGCGGCAGCGGCUCAACAUCAAACUCGUCCAACACCGCUCCGGCAAUCCUUGCCUCCCCCGCUGAUUUCACGCAACACACUAGCAUCCGCCAGCGGUCCACUCGGCUUAUGCUUCAAAAGCGCCGGCCUCUUUCAAGCUCCCACUCGCCUCCCGGCCCGUGACGCCGAACUACCGGCGCUCUUCCCCUCGGCACCCGGCGACGCAAGCCCUAGCUGUACUGCUCCUGCGUCAAGGUUCGCGCUCCAGAACAGCGCGCCGACCGAAGGCCAGACUCGCAAUGCUCGCCACGGCGGCGCUCAGAGGGCCCAGUCCCUGACAGGGACCGUGGCGCCCAUCGGAGCCAUCACGAGCCCCUGA